UCUUGCAUGAAUGUGUUGUACAAAAUUAUUACGAAGAUACUAGCGGCGAGAAUUGUCCCUACCCUACCGGGUUUAAUUAAUGAAGCACAAGGUGCUUUUGUCGAUGGCCGCCUAAUGUUUGAUAACAUUUUCCUAGCCCAGGAACUUGUUAGAGGAUACAAUAGGAAGCGAAUCUCACCAAGGUGUAUGAUCAUGGUGGAUUUGCGAAAGGCCUAUGACACCAUAUCAUGGGACUUUCUCCGUAAUGUCCUAUUGGGACUGGGUUUCCCGGCCACAUUUGUAGGCUGGAUUAUGGAAUGUGUGUCAACCGCAUCAUUUUCGGUCUCUUUAAAUGGCUCUUUGUAUGGUUUUUUUAAAGGCAAGCGUGGCAUACGACAAGGGGAUCCAAUGUCCCCUUUUCUUUUUGUCUUAUGCCUCGAAUAUUUCUCUCGCCUCCUCACAAUGAGGACUAAGCAGGGGAGUUUCAACUUCCACCCACAAUGUUCGUCUCUUGGUAUUACGCAUUUAGCCUAUGCAGAUGACCUAAUGCUCUUCUCGAGAGGUGACACAUAUUCCAUAAGAAUACUGGUUGAUGCUCUCAAGGAGUUUGGGGAUGUAUCCGGGCUUAGGGUAAACCAUGACAAAUCCAACAUCUUUGUUGGAGGGGUGAGGGACUUGGAAUUACAAAACAUCUUGGAUCUCGUUGACUAUGGGCAAGGCACGUUCCCGGUUAGAUACCUUGGAAUCCCCCUUGCCCCCUUAAAGGUCUCGGUUGCACAGUAUGCACCUCUAAUUGAAGUGAUCCAGGAUUUCCUAAAUGCUUGGAACACAAAAACAAUAUCCUAUGCUGGGAAGAUUGAGCUAAUUCGGUCGGUAAUCCAAGGAGUACAAUCGUUUUGGCUCCAAGUCUUUCCGGUCCCCCAAGCUAUUUUGGAUAGAAUCGUUUCCAUUUGUAGGAUUUUUUUAUGGGGAGGGAAGUUUGCAAAAGUCGCAUGGGAUGAUAUAUGCCUACCAAAGGCCGAAGGUGGGCUAGGUAUCCAUAAUGCGAAAGUUUGGAACCAUGCACUCCUUUCACGCCUUAUCUGGGACGUUCAUAACAAAAAAGAUUCCUUAUGGGUUAAGUGGGUCAAUGGUGUCUACCUCAAAGGUAGAAGUGUGUGGGACUUUGUCCCACACAGCCGGGAUUCCCAACUAAUGAAGAGAUUGGGUCUAAUUAGAGACAAACUGAAGGGAUGUUUUAACAAU